ACCCGUCUGAACCCGCGCGCAUCACAUCAGAGGAGAGACGAGUUCGGCGCAGCAGUGCAGGCCCAGGUGCAGGACGCCUUCGGAACCCGCGCGGCCGAGAUGUACGAGAUCCAGGGGCUCGCGACGGCCCCAAAGGCGCAGGGCCGUGGCUACGGCAAGGCGCUGGUCAAGACGAUCACGGACAUGGCCGACGCGGAGGGGCGCGAUGUGUGGGUGAUCACGUCUGACGCACGGCCGUUCUACGAGCUGCAGGGGUUCAGCGUGGUGCGGACUGCGUUCAUUGGUGCGAAUAACCCAGCUUGGAACCGCGCUCCGGUGGUUGUAUCUAUCGUG